GCGUGGUCAGAGCCCUGGCGGGGGCGGCGCGGCUGCUGCUGCUGCAUGGCGCGGGGCGGAGUGCGGCGGCCCGCGGCCCUGGGCCUGGCGCUGCGGCUGCUGCUCGGCUUCGGGCUGCGCCUGGAGGCCGCCCCGACGCCGGUCCCGCUCCGGCUCUUGGCCCAGGCCCCGGGCUCGUGCCCACCUGCCAGCUUCCAGUGCCACACCAGUGGCUUCUGUGUGCCCCUCACCCUGCGCUGCGAUGGUGACGAGGACUGCCCCGAUGGCAGCGAUGAGGAUGAGUGCAGGAUCAAGCCUUGUGCCCAGGACGGAGAGUGCCUGCCAGUCACUGGCAGCCCCUGCCCUUGUGACAACAUCGAUGACUGCCGAGAUGGCAUCGUGGACAACGUUUACAACUGCAGUUACCAGCCCUGCCCGCCGGGCGAGCUCCGCUGCCUGCGAGGCGGUGCCUGCAUCCCACACACCUGGCUCUGCGACGGCCACGCUGACUGUCCCGGCUCCAGUGACGAGCUUGGCUGUGGAACUGAGACCCUCCAGGACAAGACUGCCACGUCCAUAGGGACCCCUGUGACCCCAGACGGUGUCACCUCUCUCUGGAAUGCCACAGCCAUCCCUGCUGAGGACCAGGACUCAGUCCAGGCUGGAAACCGAAGUGCUUGUGGGGUUAUCGCAGCUGCAGUGGUGCUCAGUGUCGGCGUAGCUGCCAUCUCCCUGUUCGUCUUGUCCCGGCUCCGUGCCCAGGGGCGCCUGUACCCGCUGGGGCUGCUCAUGGUCAUGAAGGAGUCUCUGCUGCUGUCAGAGAGGAAGACCUCGCUACUCUGAGGAUGAGCUCGUGCCACCACGGAUGGCUCCUGGGCCCCAAGCACGGCCGCUACGGGGACAUGUCCAUUGGUGGCAGCAGCACACAGCCACUGGCCCCUCGGCCCUCAGAUGUGGGUCCUUCUGGCUGUGCAACACCUCAGACUUCAGCUCUUACAGCUGCAGCCCUGUAUGUUGGGGGUGCCGGGACGCCCCGCAGAGGCAGGCAGCCUGGCACUGAGGGGCUGGCCCCACGCUCAGACACUCCUGCUGCUCCCAUGUGAAGGUGGGGAUUAAAGUCACUUCACAUCCUC